AUGACCUUCGCGAGUCAUUACUAUUGGAGUGGGCCGAAGUCAACUCAACAGAAUCUUGUCGCCUUCGAAUCCGGCGGAGAGAUAUGCUUCGGGCGCAUCGGAGCAAUCGCAAAGUUAUUACCUUGUGAUGAAGUUCUCGUGAGCGUCGAGAAAUUGGGGCUAGCAGAUCCCAAAAAAUUGAUCUUUGACUACCUCGACAGCAGUACUCAACAAAGCAGCGAUAUUCUGAAAGCGGUUCUGACGCGCUACAUCACGGGCCCUGCCUGUUUCUGCGGAGAGAUCGCAAAGGACUUUAAUGGAUUCGCUAUUGUUCCCCUCGAUUCUAUUAUUUCUACGGCUGCUAUUAUUCCACUAAUGAACAAGAACUACUACUUCGCCAUUCCCAACAAGCGUUGUUGGCAAUGA